GAUGACCAGAGACUGCGGACACAGUACAGGAGAUGACCAGAGACUGCAGACACAGUACAGGAGAUGACCAGAGACUGCGGACAUAGUACAGGAGAUGACCAGAGACUGCGGACACAGUACAGGAGAUGGGAGACUGCAGACACAGUACAGGAGAGGCCGGAGCGAUACCGCGGGCAAACACGGCCUGAGCUGCAGGAGAGGACAGAAUAAUAUCAGACAAUGAAUAUCCCGUAUACCAUAGAUCUGCCCCACAGACAAGGGAGGUACUGGACUCGGCCCCUCCCACAGGCGGUGACACAUAG